AUGCUGAUGAUCCGAUCCGAUUUCGACACGCUGUAUGAAGCGCUCCUCAAUCGCGACCCGUCCUAUGACGGGCGUGUCUAUGUCUGUGUGGCCUCUACCGGCAUCUUCUGCCGGCUGACUUGCCCGGCACGCAAACCGAAGCGCGAAAACUGCACCUUCUACGAAACUGUUGCCGAAUGUAUCGACGCCGGCUUCCGCCCGUGCAAGCGGUGCAAGCCGACAACACCGCAAGCAAGCGCGGACCCGGUCGUAAAGCCCCUGAUAGAAGCCCUGGAAGGAAAGCCGGGUUAUCGUUGGCGCGAGCCGGAUAUCGUCCGGAUGGGAUUGGACCCAUCCACGGUACGGCGGGCCUUCAAGCGCCAUUUCGGCAUGACUUUUCUGGAAAUGGCUCGACAGCGGCGAUUGCAGGAAGGUUUUUCGACAUUGGCCGAGGGCGGCAAGGUCAUCGAUGCGCAGAUCACCGCUGGCUUUGAAUCGCCAAGCGCCUUUCGCGAGGCGUUUGCCAAAAUACUGGGGCAGGCGCCGGGAACAUUUUCGCAGGACCCCAUGUUGUUUGCCGAUUGGGUGCCAUCUCCGCUCGGUCCGCUGAUUGCAGUGACGGACAGGACGCAACUGCAUCUUCUGGAGUUUCUGGACCGCAGGGCCCUGCCGGCGGAAUUCAGAAAGCUCCAGGGUUUCGCAAAAGGCAAUAUCGGCUUCGGGCGCACCGAAAUAACCGACCAGAUCCAGGACGAAUUGCGACUGUUUUUCGACGGCAGUUCCGGCGUCUUUGAAACGAAGCUUGCGCUGCACGGCUCGACAUUCACGCGGGAUGUCUGGCGGGAACUCCUGAAGAUUCCGGCCGGAGGCACAAGGAGUUAUUCAGAGCUUGCAAGAGAGCUGGGAAGACCUGAAGCCGUGCGCGCGGUUGCCAGGGCAAACGGUGCGAACCAGAUCGCGAUUGUAGUGCCGUGCCACAGGGUGCUGGGAGUGGACGGAUCGCUGACCGGGUAUGGCGGUGGGCUCUGGCGCAAACAGCGUCUCAUCGAACUUGAGCGGAGCUACUCCAGCAAUCAAAAUGCGAUUUGA